AUGACAAGAGUCUGCUAUUUCUACGAUCAUAACGUGGGUGAAUUCGACUACGGGUUCGGACAUCCAAUGAAACCGUUGCGCAACAAGUUGGUCCAUCACCUCAUAAUGGAGUAUGGCAUAUACCAACGCCUCAACAUUUACAAGCCUUGGAGAGCAACAAACGAGCAACUGGAAAUGUUCCACUCAAAAGACUAUAUUGACUUUUUGCAGAGAGUCACACCAGAGAUGGCGCAACUCCAGCACUUCAGAAGAUCAUUGGAAGAGUUCAACUUCACCGACGAUUGUCCAGUUUUUGACGGACUUUACCCGUUUGUCCAAACUGUAGUUGGGAGUUCGUUGGGCUGCGCCAUGAAAAUUAAUGAGCGAGCUGCUGACGUUUGUGUGAACUGGUCUGGCGGACUUCACCACGCCAAAAAGUCACAAGCCUCUGGAUUUUGUUACAUCAACGACAUUGUGUGUGCGAUUUUGGAGCUGCUCAAAGUGCACUCGAGGGUACUUUAUAUUGACAUUGAUCAUCACCACGGAGAUGGAGUAGAAGAGGCGUUCAAAGCGACGAACAGGGUGAUGACAUUAUCUCUACACAAAUAUGGCGACAACUACUUCCCAGGAACCGGAGACGUGGACGAGGUUGGUGUUGACGAAGGCAAAAAUUACUCAAUCAAUGUCCCACUGAAAGACGGUAUAAACGACGAUUAUUAUCACAAACUUUUCAACCCAAUAAUUGACCGAGCGAUGGAAGUUUUCCAGCCAGGUGCUGUCGUCAUGCAAUGUGGAGCCGACAGUUUGAAUGGUGACAGGCUUGGUUUCUUCAAUUUAAGUAUCCAAGGCCAUUGUGAGUGCAUGAAAAGGGUCAAAGCCUUUGGUCUGCCAAUGAUUCUAGUUGGUGGUGGCGGAUAUACUGUCAGCAAUACCGCUCGGUGUUGGUGUUAUGAGACUGCUGCUGCGUGUGAUCUAACCAUCCCAGACCAGAUACCAGUGAAUGAUUAUCUUGAGUAUUACGUUCCUGACUUGAAGAUUACUAUUCCCACGAGUGCCCAAAUGAAAAAUUGCAAUUCCCGAAAUUAUUGUGAUGAUAUCUUAGGAAAAGUCAUGCAAGUUUUAGAGGAAGUUGGGAACUCAACACUUCCGAGUUUACAGUUCAAGGCCCCACCAAGACAUGACGAACACACUAUAGAUAUGGAAGUGGACGAGGAUAUGAACACGUUCGACGACGCGGUUAAGGGAUUCACUCGGGACAUCCCAAUGAAUAUGGACAACGAAGACGUCCUCAAAAUGUACACGGAACCACUCCCCAUCUUCCCGAAGUCAAAAUUGUUCUGUACAGACAAGGAUAUGAAGUUCUUUGAGUGA